UGGCGGCGCGUCGCGCAGAGAGAGCGGAGAGAGAAAGAGGUGCGGUGUUGCGUGACUGGGUGCGAGCGAGCGACCGUGGCGCGUGUGUGUUUGUUGUGUUGUUAAGCGUUAAGAAGAGCGAAUCCUGACGAGGUUCCCCGUGUCCUUCAACCCUGUCGGCUUUUCGUUACGUCGACGCGAGGGCGAAAGACCGAACGGCCGCGGAGUAAUUGAGGGAGAAACGCGAGGAAGAAAGAGUGAGCGAGAGAACGAGAGAAAGAGUGAGAGAGUGGGAGAGAAAGAGAGAGAGAGUGAGAGGGGAAUACACGCUUCGCGCGGGGGAAAAAAACAGCCAGAGAGCAGCAGCAGCAGCAGCAGCAGUGCCGCCGCGUCCGAUCGGCGAGGGAAUCGAGGAACUCGUAAACGAGGAGGGAACGUACGAGAGGAGACCACCACCAACACAUCCGACAUGUCGUCCUAUAUCCAGGUUGCCGAGGACGAGGGCGAGGAGCCGAUCGAGCUGCCGACCGAGGACGACACCACGCUCCUGCUCACCACCCUGUCCGCCCAGUUCCCCGGCACCUGCGGCCUCAAGUAUCGCAACCCGGAAUCCCGUACGAUGCGCGGCGUUCGACUGGUCGACGGCCGCCUCCAUCCGCCCGAGAACGGCUGGGGCAAAGCUAUCUACUUCUGCGUAUUCCCCAAAGAGAACAAACGUAAAUCUGAUGACAAUUUGGAAAAUUCCACAGCUAAGACUAAAAGAAUGGAAACGAAGUUACGUUGCACUGACUUGAUAGUACUUGGUUUGCCAUGGAAAACAACCGAACAGAAUUUACGCGAGUAUUUUGAAACAUUUGGUGAAGUUCUUAUGGCACAGGUAAAAAAAGAUGCGAAAUCUGGCCAAAGCAAAGGAUUUGGCUUUAUUCGAUUUGGAAGUUAUGAGUCGCAAUUGAGAUGCCUCGCUCAACGUCAUAUGAUAGAUGGCCGAUGGUGCGAUGUCAAGGUUCCUAACAGUAAGAAUAUAGACGGAAUAAUGAUGGCACGUCAGUAUGAUACGGGUAAGCACGGUAACGAGUGCUACCGACCUAUACCGGUACACACGCCGAGUAGCCGCCGAGUGCCGGCGUCGAAGCCGUACGUACCCAGCGUAAACUCGUCGUCGUCCGAGACCGCUGCUCCGCCCCCGAACGCGCCACCCCCGAGAUACGACUCGGAGUAUGAUUACAAAACCACUCACUACCCAUCGUAUCCCCCGAAUUAUCCUUACGACGAUAACAAGUACAAGUACGAGGGCGGCGGCGGCGGCGGCGGUGGCGGCGGUGGAGGCAGUGGGGGCGGCGGUCAGCAGCAGGUUGUCUACAACGCCUACAACGAGAAGCCGGGCUACGUCGCCUACGAGGAGUCCGCUGCCUACGAUACCCGCGGCUACAUGCCGCCACCGCAUGCGAAUGUCGCCGCGGCGCCCGCCAAUUCCGCGUAUCCACCGUCCGACGCCGAUUACGGGUCGCGGUAUUACGGCGAGGGACGUGCCUAUCCGGCCGACCAUUGUCCGGAGCAGUACGACAAGGGCAGGUACAGCAACUACGGAUACGAGCAACGGUGCUACUACGACCAGGCCGACGGCCGUUACGCCGUCGCAUCUGAUGGCAGAUACGAGGUGCGCUAUGCGGACGCGAGGCAUCCGGACGCGAGGCAUUUGCCGGUCGAUCCCGGCCGAGAGGCGGACUGCCGAUACAUCGACACCCGCGAGAUGGACAGGAGGUACGUCGUCGACGGUAGGGAACCCAUAGACGGCAGGUACGCGAUGGACAGUCGCGAGGUCGACGGCCGUUACGCUGUCACCUCGGACGGCCGCGACCCGGUCGACGGUAGAUACGCGGAUCCAGCGAGAUAUCCAAAGGAGAACUACUACGACCGCUAUUACAAGCACCGGCCGUCGAGGGAUCAUCACGUCGCGGAUACGAGAUACUGAAGAAAAAAUUCGUAAUUACAAUCAAUCAUGUUUUAAUGGGAAUACUAGAUUGCGUACAUGUUGAUCUGCGACAUGACGAUGACGGUCCUUUCUCCUAGGAUUCGAUGCACAUUCCUCGACCGUAUUAUGCCACGCAUCUAUAAGCGAUCUAUGAAUGUUGUAUUAUUAUCAUGUAUUAUUUGCGGUGCAUUAAUCUAGCGGAUUUCUUCGAAGGAUCGUAUAAAAAUGAAUCGAAAA